AUGAUGGACGACUUCGUUAGCGAGUCGGACAGUGACUACACGAGCUACUGGCGAGACUGGUUCAUUUCCUCUCGCGGAAACGAAUACUUCUGCGAAAUCGACGAGGACUACCUCACGGAUCGGUUCAACUUGACUGGGCUGAACACGGAGGUCCAAUACUACCAAUAUGCGCUGGAUCUCAUCACUGAUGUCUUCGACCUCGACUGCGACGAUGAGAUGAGGGAGACGAUCGAGAAGUCUGCGAGACAUCUGUAUGGUCUCGUACACGCCCGAUUCAUCGUUACGACAAGGGGCUUAGCUAAGAUGCUUGAAAAGUACAAGAAGGCCGACUUUGGAAAAUGCCCCCGUGUGAUGUGCCAUUCGCACCCUCUCCUUCCCAUGGGCCUCGCCGACAUCCCCAACCUGAAGCCCGUCAAGCUCUACUGCGCACGUUGCGAGGAUAAUUAUAAUCCAAAGUCCUCACGCCACGCCGCCAUUGAUGGCGCCUACUUUGGCACCUCGUUCCACAACAUCAUCUUCCAGGCCUACCCGGCACUCAUCCCUACCAAGAGCGCCGAGCGCUACAUCCCGCGCGUCUACGGCUUCAAGGUUCACGCCCCCGCCGCCCUCAUCCGGUGGCAGCACCAGAAGAAGGAUUCCAUGCGCCGUCGCCUGCGGAAGAUGGAAGUGGACAGCGGGUUCCGAGACGAGGAUCUCCUGGAGGAGGAGGACGACGAUGUCGAAUUUGAGGGCACAGCAGCCCGCGUACGGGCCGGGGAUGACGAGGGCGUUGCCAUGGCGUAA